AUGCAGCUCCCACCCUGCUUGUGCUGGAUGCAGAGGCGGGCGGCCAGGCACAUGGCUUCCCCGCGGCCAACAGCCGCGCUGCUCCCACCCAGGCUGUGCAGGGUGUGCUCCGGCUCGGGCCCUGGCUCGGAAUGUGGCCACCACAUGCAGCAUCCUGGGGCACCUGGACCGCCUGACCAUGCUAUGCACCCGGAUGAGGCACGGUGCCUAGCUUGCAGCUGCUGGUAG